CUAGCAUUAGGGCAUAAGUUCAAACAACCUUGAGCUUUAAAACUCCUCUUCUCUCUCUCUCUCUCUUUCUCUGUCUCUCUCUUAAUUGCCAGCCCACUUUCCUUUUUAAGACCUUCGAUCUUCACAUAACCAUCGGAUCGAAUUCUCUCUCAAAAUUCGGUCUGAUAGUGUUGAGGUUCUGAAUAAACUCUAAGCAAAGGCAAAGGACUUCUCUCUCUCUCUCUCUGUGUGUGUAUUAACACGAGAUUAAGGAAAGAUUUCUAAUCAGGAUUUGUGAACAUGGAAAAGGUGAUGGGACUGGCCUCAGAGAAGGGGGUAGUGAUAUUCAGCAAGAGCUCCUGUUGCAUGUGUUAUGCAGUCAAAAUACUAUUUCAAGGAAUUGGAGUGGACCCUUUGGUUUAUGAGAUUGACCAAGACCCUGAAGGCAGGGAAAUGGAAAGAGCUCUCAUGAGAAUGGGGUGUACUGCUCCUGUACCAGCUGUGUUCAUUGGUGGAAAGCUGAUAGGAUCUACCAAUGAAAUCAUGUCCCUCCAUCUAAGUGGCACACUCAUUCAAAUGCUCAAGCCAUACCAGGCUUUAUCUUAAAUUCACUACUUAAUUAUUCACUCUCCAAGUAAUAAAAUUGGCUCGAUCGAUUUAGUAGUCUAGUGUUCUCUGUAUUAAUUAGUAUGUGUAGUUGUUUGUGUUAUGUAUUUCUUAGCUUUUCAUUAGCUAAUGUAUACUGUGUUCUCUUCUGUUAAUGAAGUUAGCUUUAUGUA